GGAAUAGCAGCGAGAGGAUGGCGAGAGGCAGCAGGAGCGUGGGGCGGGCCGCGGCGGCACCGGCACCGGCACCGGCCAGCCCUCCCCCGGCGGCCCCGAUGCCGGCGGCUCAGCCGGCGCAGCCCGGGCUGAUGGCGCAGAUGGCGAGCACGGCGGCCGGCGUGGCGGUGGGUUCCGCCGUGGGACACGUAGUGGGCAGCGCCAUCACCGGCGUCUUCAGCGGCGGCUCCUCCGAACCGGCCAAGGCGGCGGCUCCCGCACAGCAGCCCGUGUACCAGCAGUCGCCCUAUGGUCCCUGCCACUAUGAGAUAAAGCAGUUCCUGGAAUGUGCAACCAACCAGAAGGACCUGACCCUGUGCGAGGGCUUCAACGAGGCGCUGAAGCAGUGCAAGUACAGCAGUGGUGUUUCUUCUCUCCUGUGAAGAAUCUGCCCCUCGUAGGAGUAGAGGAGCCUGGUGUAGAGCCCUGCUGCCUGCAGGGAGUGGAAGAACAAACAGACAAGGGAUGAGCUGGAGGGGACAGACUGCCCAGACAGGAGUCUUUUAGUGGUAAUUCGCUUCUGGACUAGUAGGGAAGGAAAGGAAUGGGAUUUGGGAUUUGUGGGAGGUUGAAGUUCAGAUAGCGCUCUAUUUAUUACAGAGAAAUAAAUGAGUUUAUUAGGACUGAA